AAAGUUAUUUGGUUGCUAAACAGGUGUACUGUAGUUGAAAAACAUGUGACAGUAAUAGGCCUAUACAGUCUGAGAAGGGAGGUGCCAUCUAGAGGAGUUUAAUCACACUGACUGUAGAGUUUCAGUAAACCGCUUCAGUUCAGCAGCACUAUAUUCAGCUCUUCUAUCACUUUCCACGUUCAAAUGUUUUAUUAUAACAUUUAUUUUGUGUCCGCAUUUUCAAGAUUAGGAGAACAGAAAUAUUUGACAUGUUUAUAUUAUUCUGUUUGUGCCUAUGGCGACUAAGUGGUGUGUUUGGUGUUGAUGUAGUGAAGUCAGAGUCAGUGACGGAGGGAGAUCUUGUCACUCUCAGGACUGAUGUUACUGAAAUACUGAAAUAUGAUCUGAUCCAGUGGAGGUUUGGAGAUAUUCUCAUAGCUAAAAUAAACAUGAAGGAGAAUAAGAGCACGUUUUAUAGUACCAGUGCUGCUGAGAGAUUCAGAGACAGACUGAAGCUGGAUCAGACUGGAUCUCUGAUCAUCACAAACACCAGAACCACAGACUCUGGAGUUUAUAAAGUAACCAGCAGCAGAACAGAGACGCCGCUCAACACAUUCAAUCUUACUGUCUAUGCUAAUCUCUCUGUUCCUGUCAUCAUCAGACACUGUUCAUCAUCAUCACCUUCAUCUUCAUCAUCACAGCAGAAUUGUUCAUUGCUGUGUUUAGCUGUGAAUGUGGAUCAUGUGACUCUCUCCUGGUACAAAGGAAACAGUUUAUUGUCCAGCAUCAGUGAGUCUGAUCUCAGCUUCAUUCUCUUUCUACCUCUGGAGGUGGAAUAUCAGGAUAAAAACAGCUACAGCUGUGUGAUCAACAAUCCCAUCAGAAACCAGACCACACAUCUGUAUAUCACUCAACUCUGUCAACUAUGUCCAGGUACUUCAGUGUUUAUAUAUCCGUUUAUUUACCGAACUAUGAAGUUGUAUAGUGCUGAUAUAUCAUAUAGGCUAGUGGCUGUUGUGGAUCAGGCUGACAGAUUCAUUCAAAUUAAUGCUUCAUUUUGUCCAUUAUAGGUCUGGGCAUAUCCUUGUUUUACAUAUUGAUAAUGUCUGCUGCUGCUGCUGCUGGAACUCUGUUGAUUUUAGCUGCAGUUGGGAUCUUCUGCAUCUGCAGGGAAACAGACAGAGAGGGCAAG